AUGGCAAGGAAGAUAGUUGUAGUCUUGGUUUAUGUUGAUGAUUUGUUCAUCACAGGCAUUGAAUUUUCCAAGAGUGGUGAAGGGAUCCUCAUGCACCAGAGGAAGUAUGCCUUGGAGCUAAUUGUUGAUUUAGGUUUUUCUAGUUCUAAGCCUAUUGUCACACCCAUGGAGUUGAAUGUCAAGCUCACUACUGUUGAAUUUGACACUCAUGUUGGUCCUAUUAAGGACAAGGCCUUAGAUGAUCCAGGACCUUAUCAGAGAUUACUUGGGCAUUUAUUGUACCUCACUAUCACUCGACCUGAUAUUUCAUUUGUUGUCCAUUAUCUCAGUCAGUUAAUGCAUUCUCCAAAAACUUCUCACUGGGAGGUUGCACGUCAAAUAUGUUAUGUCUUGUCCUGGUCUAGGGGUCUUAUUGUCAGUUGUUUGUUCUGA